AUCUUGAUCCAAUCCAAAGCACAGGAAGAGUGUAGAUGACAUUAAAUUUUCAUUUACCAUUCUCAACUGCCCCUCGCUGCAGGUUAGUUCAUUGUCCCCCGUAAAAAACACAUUCUCCAAAUUUCCACACACGACACAGUCACUGAGAGUAACCGAAGGAGAGUUCAAACAUUUCCUAGUGUCUGGGAGUGAGACAAAGAGAGAGACAUGAAGUGUUGUGUCUUGGUGUUGGUUCUUGCUCUGGUUAUGUCCACAAGUGCCAGAAAUGUACCCAGCGGUGCUGCUCUCAAAGAUCAGAAGAACUUCAUCACGUAUGGUGGCAUUGGUGUUUACUCCGGAAUUGGGAGCAACGGACUACCUUUUGGAGGAGUUGGUGCUGGAAUAGGUGGCGGUGGACUAGGUGGCGGCACUACCGGGAUAGGUGGACUUGGAGGCACGGGUAAUGGAGUUGGCUGCGGUGGCGUCGGUUGCAGCAUCGGUGGUGGCGGCGGUGGUGCUCAUCCUUGAGUUGACCACCAUUCAUGCAUGCAUACAUGCAUAUGGUUUCUUCCUGUUUCUUUGGAAUACCCUAGUCUUUGGAUUUCCUAGAGUGUUUAUGAUUUAUGUUCGUGUCGUUAAUUAAUCGUGCAAGCAUGCUAGGUUUAUUACCAUUGGAGAGUAAGUUGAAUGUCUUGUAAUGUUCAUAUUUGUGU